AUGUCUCGUCGACGCCCGAACUUCUCGACUCGCACCGCCGAAGAAGACGUCUCUCGUCUCGACCCGAAUGAACACGGAGAUACUACAGGCGAAGGAGGGGGACUGCUGCAUUGGCCAUCCAAUAUUUGGCCUCGGCACCACGAAGUGAACCCGACACAGCCCGCAGAAAGCCGCCGUACUUCUACCCCGACAACCUUCCUCGGGGGACUAACGCGAUGGUGGAACAAAGGAACAGAAGCUGAAUAUGAACGUCAAGACAAUGGUGAUCAUGAGGUAUCCCAACUAUCCCUAUCGGCAGGGCCCCUCCGCGAUUCCAGCGCGGAUAAGAAGGACAAGAAUGGACAUCGGCAUCGGGCAGCAGAGGAGACAAAGAAACUCGGUACAUUCUCUGGAGUCUUCGUGCCCACAACAUUGAAUGUGCUGAGUAUUCUUAUGUUCCUGCGUUUCGGCUUCAUUUUGGGUCAGGCAGGGCUACUCGGCAUACUGGGACUGCUGGUGGCCUCAUACAUGAUUAACCUAGUGACUACGAUGUCUCUAUCUGCAAUCGCGUCUAAUGGUACUGUCCGAGGUGGAGGUGCCUAUUACCUGAUCUCGCGAUCGCUCGGCCCCGAGUUCGGUGGAUCUAUCGGCAUCGUGUUCUAUCUGGGAUAUGUCUUCAACACCGGUAUGAACGCGGUCGGUUUGAUCGACUGCUUUGCGGAGAACUUCGGUAGCAACCGUGGUUCCAUGGCCAAUUUCCUCCAAGAGGGCUUUUGGUGGCAGUAUCUGUGGGGAACUGUCAUCCUGGUUCUCUGUACGGCCAUCUGCCUGGCAGGAAGCUCUAUUUUUGCAAGAGCGAGCAAUGGUCUUCUUGUGAUUCUUCUCGUCGCGACAUUCAGCAUUCCGCUAUCCGCCAUCUUCAUGAAGCCAUUCUAUUCCCCAAGGGAGCGCGUGGAGUUCACGGGUCUAAGCUUGCAGACCCUGAUGGAGAAUCUCAAGCCCCACCUCACGAAGGGUGCGGCGGGUAGCCAGUUGAAGGGGAGGGAAAACUUCCAGGAUCUCUUCGGCAUUCUGUUCCCUGCGACUGGAGGUAUCUUUGCUGGCGCAAGCAUGUCAGGCGAUCUGAAGCAUCCGAGCAAGGCAAUCCCCAAGGGUACUCUGUCAGGCCUUGCCCUGACCUUCAUUACGUACGCACUGGUGAUUGUUGCAAUGGCUUCUUCCAUUACCAGGCAAUCUUUCUAUAACAAUGCGAACGUGAUCCAAGUCGUGAAUGCCUCUGAAAGCCUCAUCCUCCUGGGAGAAUUUGCGACUAGCUUCUUCUCCGCACUCAUGGGAGUUAUUGGUUCCGCAAAGCUUCUUCAGGCAAUCGCCCGAGACAGCCUGCUUCCCGGACUCAGUGUGUUCAGUCAAGGCACCAAGAAGAGCGACGACCCCGUUUUUGCCAUUAUAGUCACCUUCGUCUUUGCCCAGAUCACAAUGUUGUUCGAUAUUAAUCGUAUCGCCUCCUUCGUGACCAUGGCUUAUCUGAUGACUUUUCUCGUGACAAAUCUGGCUUGCUUCCUAUUGAAAAUCGGAUCAGCUCCCAAUUUCCGGCCAUCUUUCCACUACUUCAACUGGCAAACUGCUGCUACAGGGACAGUUGUGAGCGGAGUCAGCAUGUUUUUUGUGGAUGGUUUAUAUGCCGGUGGAUGUGUGGGUAUUCUCGUCAUCCUCUUCCUCUUGAUCCAUUAUACCUCGCCGCCCAAGUCCUGGGGUGAUGUCAGUCAGAGUCUGAUUUACCACCAAGUGCGCAAGUAUCUGCUUCGUUUACGGCAGGAGCACGUGAAAUUCUGGCGCCCUCAGAUCUUGCUUUUCGUCAGCGAUCUGGACCGACAAUACAAAAUGGUCUCUUUCUGCAACUCCCUGAAGAAAGGAGCUUUGUUUGUCCUGGGCCAUGUCUUGGUUACCGAUGACUUCUCCGCAGCUGUACCAGAGGCUCGUCGCCAACAAACGGCAUGGACCAAGUACGUCGAGUACUCCAAAAUCAAAGCAUUCGUCAACAUCGCUAUCUCUCCCGCCGUUGAAUGGGGCAUGCGGAACAUCGUGCUCAACUCCGGACUGGGAGGUAUGAGGCCAAACAUCGUCGUUAUUGAUCAGUAUAGGGAAGAUCAAUCAUUAGUCGAAAGUUUGUCUCUUAGCAGCAACCGCAGGGAGUCUUCAAAAUCCCGGCGAAGAUCAUCCGUCCUGGGAUCUCGGUUUGACAGCUCGGACGCCGAAUUGCCCGAUAAAGGCAUGGACUGCAAAAGCUACGUUACCAUCCUGGAGGAUCUGCUUUUCAAACUCCGCAUCAAUGUUGCCGUCGCUAAGGGCUUCGAGCAUCUGGAAUUACCUGAUCCACAUGGACGUCACACCAAGAAGUACAUUGACCUGUGGCCAAUUCAGAUGUCUGCAGAGCUUGGUGCGGACAUCGAGAGCAAGAAGAAUGUUCUGACUACGAACUUUGACACCUACACCCUGAUUCUUCAACUGGGUUGUAUUCUGAACACGGUGCCCUCGUGGAAGAAGACAUAUCGAUUGCGAGUUGCUGUGUUUGUUGAGUACGAAACCGACAUUGCAGAUGAGCGUGGACGAGUGGAAGCUCUUCUCGAAAAAUUACGCAUUCAGGCCGAGGUUCACGUCUUCUGGCUUGCCUGCGGGAAUCUCAAGGCCUAUCGUGUCAUUGUCAAUGGUGACACCUCGCCCGAAAUGGCCGAUGCCCAGGAGAAUGUCCACAUCGUCCUCAAAAAGGAGGAUUGGUGGCAGGGAGUCACAAAAGCUCGCAACCGCUUCCAGCACAUGCAGGAGCAAGAGACCGCAGGUGACGAUCUGCACCUCGACCGCGUGUCGACGUGGCAAGGCCCGACCAGCCAAGACAGUGGGAACAGACCCUUGCACCAGCGUGUCACUGGAUUGCGGAGGUUGAUUUCGAAGCGCCGACGAUCCGUCUCCAGUUUCCGGGCUCUGGGCAGCGUUAGUCUAGGCAUGCAGACCCACCGUUUGCUCGAUGCCUUUGUCGACUACGACGGCGACAACUCGUCGAGUGAGAGUAGCGAUGACAGCGAUCUUGAUCAUUAUGCCGAUGACCCUGACAUCGAUGAGGAUGAGCAAAGAAGCCUUGCGCCCACCGAGACGGCCAGCAGCCGCAACGACAACGAGAAUUCCGGCCCGCUGCGGCCAAGAGGCCGGUCCAAGAGCGACGACCGCUGCCCCAGCCUGAGCCCGUCUCCCCACCGACCUGUCCAGUCCAGGUCGUCGCCCCGCCAUGAAUCUUCCGCCAGCCAAACGGUUCCUUUGAUCAUCGAAACCGGAGACGACGCCUCGCCGAAAAGCCAGCCCACGGCGCGUCCACCCAUCAGCCGAAAUGCCUCUAGUAAUCGGUUCAGCUCGUCACCUAUCCCCGAAGCCCGGGUCAACACAGACGAGGGCGCUGGCCCUAGUAUCAUGUUUGCCGCCAACGCCUCCCCGCCGCGAUUCCAGAACAAGCUGCCGGUGGACUCCAUCUAUGCGCGUCAUCCCUCCGCGCCUUCGCCGACCUCUCCCAGUGCGCAAAGUAGCCAGACGGCAUCGGGCUUCCCGGGCCCCGCUUCCGUACCGUUGUCCUUCAACGAUCUUCCUAGCCGGGCCCAGCAUCUGAUUCUUAACGAGCUAAUGGUGCAGCAAAGCAGUGACACAGCCGUGAUUUUCACGACGCUGCCGUCGCCGGUCGAGGGGACUUCGAAGAGCGAGGAGGACUCCGCCUCGUACCUGAGUGACCUGGCAGUGCUGUGGCAGGGACUCCCGCCGUGCCUGCUUGUGCACAGCAACAGCAUGACCGUAACGAUGAACCUGUAA